GUGCUCGACAAUUACAACGCCGAAAGGGAAAAGGAGAGGAAGGCAAAAGAGAAAGCCCAGAAGGCAGCGGAAAGAACGGUUUCCAAACAAACGAAGCAGGCUUCCAAGGAGGCCGAGAAGGAGCGGAAGCGCUUAGAGAGGGAAGAGAAAGCCCGCGAGAAAGAGAGAGCAGCAGAGCUUGCCAAAGUCAAUAUUGUUCGUACGAACAAACAAAGAUCCAGUCAUGAGAUGAUCGUGGAUUUGCCGUCUAAGCUCUCGGACUCGAUACUUGCCGAGCAGGUUCUCAAGUUACUUGGAAAGUCUGAAAUUAGGCAUUCGAACUGGGAAAGCUCGAUACCGGUCAUAAAGUGGAGGCGAGAAGUAAGCUCUGCGUAUAACGAAGAGAUGGGACAAUGGGAGCCAGUUGCGCCGCACAUAAAGCCGGAGAAUCAUGUCAUGUUCAUCAUGUCCGCUAAGGAAUUUGUCGAAUUGGCUACAGGAAAGGAAGGCAAAGACAUAGACGCUCACGUGCUGGGCUUGAAAGCCAAAUUCACGUCUUGCGAUAUUAUCUACCUGAUAGAGGGCUUGGCGGUUUGGAUGAGGAAGAACAGAGCUAUCCAGAACAGAAAGUUCACUGAAGCGGUGAGGAACCAGAUGAGCCAAGACGAGCCAGCUGCGACUCAGAGAGCAAGGAAGAAGAAGGAACAAGAAGAGUAUGUUGAUGAGGACUUGGUGGAGGAUGCAUUGCUUCGAUUGCAAGUGAUGCAUGGAACGUUGAUUCAUCAUACAGCUGCUAUGAUCGAAACAGCUGAGUGGAUAGUUGUGUUUACACAACACAUAUCCACCAUACCAUAUCGGCGCCAGGAGCAAUCCCUCAAUACAUCAUUCUGUAUGGCUUCUGGUCAGGUUAAAAGCGGCGAAAAUGCAGCCGACACCUUCACCAAAAUGCUACAAGAAAUGAAACUGAUUACAGCACCGGUUGCUUACGGUAUCGCGGCGGAAUAUCCAAGCGCACAGAAAUUGAUGAAGGGCUUAGAAAAGCACGGUCCGCUGGCUUUGGAGGAUUGCAGGAAGACUGCCAAUAAGAACGGUGCCUUCACGGAUCGAAGAGUUGGGCCGGCUAUCAGUAGAAGGAUGUAUAAGGUGUUCACGGGCCGAGACGAAAAUAGCUUGAAUGUUUAG